AUCUACUUACAUAUUUUACCUGCAAAUCAACAGUAGAACAAAGAGAGCUGGUGGGCAGGAUGGGUUCAGAAUACCAUAGCCUAAAAAGGCUCGUCUCCUACAAAAGUUACUACUACUUACUUGCAGAGACAGAGACAGAACCCUCGUCUCAAGAGCAACAAUAUGGUUGAACAACUUGAGAACCCAUCUUCUCUUCUUCCUCCUUCUGAUCCCCAAGAGUCACAGCCAAAGCCUCAGCCUCCACCGUCUGAUCCAAUUCCUAUUCCUCCAUCACAACCAUCAGAUCCAGCAACAACCCCACCUCCUCGAACUGGGUUCAAUCCCAGCAGAAGUAAGUUGAUUGGUAUCAUCAGAAGGAAGGCCAUGAUAAAAGACUUAGCUGCUAUAUACCAUGCAGAGUGCCUUGCGUAUUGUCAAGAACUUUUGGAACUUCAAAAAAAAGUGGAAGAGUCAUUGAUUGACGCCAAAACUGCAGAAGAUUCAAGGAGAGAAACGAUGAGGCCCCCAAAACGUAUGAAGAAAGCUCGUUAGCAUCUAAUAGGAUGCAUUUUCGGAUUUUUGUCAUUCAGUUGGGAGCCACAGCUUAGUUCCUGAUUCGGCAAUGGACUCUAUGCAUAUAUUACAAACCAUUCUAUACGGCUGGAACCACAAUGCAGAAUUUUCGUUUAAUCGUAUAGCUCACAGUCACACAGCUACUCUAUUUGUAGCCAGUAGAGUUUGAUUGGUUGUACAGUUAUAUGCAGCAGAAUGUAACCUUGUUACUGUAUUGAGUGGAAAACUUGAAAAAUUGGUAAUGUUUGGCUGUUAAGUGUCUACAGCAAACACUACCACAUGAAAAUUGAAAAGGUGGAGAGAAUAUUUAUCUUUUUGCUUUCA